UGUGAGAUGACAGCUUUCUUUCCUACGACCAUGGCUGCCACCAUCACCAUCACUCACCAUAUAAAGCUAUAAGUCCAUCAUCAACCACGAAUAGAAGACUUCUUGUUCUUUCUCUUUUUUUAAUCUUUGUUCCAAAAAAGAACCAAAACAAAGGAAGACAAUACUCUUUUUCCCCUUGUUAUUUGAAGAACUUAACUUGGCUGAGCCCUUCAUUUUCUCCGCUUUCCCUUGCAUUCCUUUGAUUUUUUUUUUUUAUUUCUGGGUAUUUCUUCUUCUAUUCAAAGGUUUCAGCUUUUGGUAGGUCAGCUGCAAAUAACAAAAGAAACCCCCCCCCCCUUUUUGGGUGCAAAAAAGGGGGGAAACAAAAGAGAAGAAAACUUUUAUUAGUCCUUUCCGGGUAAAUGCGGGGGGCUCCUUCAGAACCCGCCGAUUCUUAUUAUGAGGUCCGGCCUGAUUCCACGGAUGUUCCUGCAACCAGAUUUAGGAUCAAGCCUGGUAAAACUCUAAGUGUAAGAAAAUGGCUAGCUGCAUUUUCUUCAGAUGGCCAAUUGGAUAUAGGCAAAACUCUAAACCGGAUUCAUCGUGGGGGGAUCCAUCCAGCAAUUAGAGGAGAAGUUUGGGAGUUUCUACUUGGCUGUUAUCAUCCUAUGAGCACAUUUGAUGAAAGGAAGCAGAUACGACAGAACCGAAGGGCACAAUAUGUUAGACUGAAGAAUGAAUGUAGUAAAAUGUUUCCUGUUGUUGGAAGUGGCAAAUAUAUUACAGCACCUGUAAUCACUGAAGAUGGUCAACCCAUUCGAAACCCUGUAGUAGAUUUAGAGACAAAUCUAGAUGCAAAUGCUAAUAGGACAGAAAUGGCAAACGAGUUAACCAGUAAUGGUCCUUUGGACAUGAAAGUAGUCCAGUGGAUGCAUACAUUGCAUCAAAUAGGUCUCGAUGUCAAACGCACUGACAGGACUUUGCUAUUCUACGAUAAGCCAGAGAAUUUAUCGAAACUUUGGGAUAUUCUCUCUGUUUAUGCCUGGAUAGAUAUAGAUGUAGGAUAUUGUCAAGGAAUGAGUGAUCUAUGCUCCCCCAUGAUUAUUAUUCUUGAAAAUGAAGCCGAUGCAUUUUGGUGCUUUGAGCGUCUAAUGCGCAGAUUGAGAGGAAAUUUCCAAUGCACCGAGACUUUUGUUGGAGUACAGACACAACUUAGUAAUUUGGCCACAGUAACUCAAGUUAUUGAUCCGAAACUUCAUCAGCACUUAGAAACACUGGGUGGAGGUAACUAUCUCUUUGCUUUUCGAAUGCUAAUGGUUUUGUUUCGUCGAGAGUUCUCAUUCUGCGAUUCAUUGUACUUAUGGGAGAUGAUGUGGGCUCUGGAAUAUGAUCCGGACUUGUUCUCUCUGUAUGAAGAACUUGAACUGAAUAUGGAGAAAACCGAGGGUUCUAAAGGAAAAUCAAAACCAACCCGGAAGUAUGGGAAGUACGAGAGAGAAAAUAUGAAAAUUAAAAGCGUGGAUGCACCCCUCCCCAUUUCUGUUUUUCUUGUUGCCAGUGUCUUAAAAGAUAAGAGCUCGGUACUACUGCAUCAAGCACGGGGGCUGGAUGAUGUAGUUAAGAUUUUGAACGACAUGACUGGAAAUUUGGAUGCCAAGAAAGCCUGCAUUGGGGCAUUGAAGCUUCAUAAGAAAUAUGUAAAGGCCAAGACACAUCGUAAUUCUAAAAGCAUGGGAUGAUUUUCCAUCCAGUGAAAACUUGAUCUCUGAAAAGAGAAUAAUGAACUUCCAGAUGGGAUCCUGGCUCCGAGAUUACAGAAUUUUGCAGUUGCCCUGACCAUGACCAUCCAAUGUUGCCAUUGAAGCAAUUGUUGUAUUAGACAUCAGACCUCCACAUUAUUUGCAUACUGAAAGCAAUCUAUACACGUCCAUCGUUGUAUUCUAAACAUACCUUGUGCUUCAUCAAUCCUGAACAAGCAAAGUUAAGAAUUCAA